AUGGCACCUCUAAAUAUUGUGGAUACACCGUACAGCGAUCUAACAAAACUAGAAGACAGCAUCGAAAACAAACCGAACAAUCAAGCAAACAAACCUAAUAACUUCGAAAAAACUAAUACAGUUGAUCCGUAUGACGAAGUCAAACUUAAUGAACCAAUUUUCUUGGCUCCUAUACGUAAAUGGGAAAAAAGAAUGGAUUUCGUGACACCCAUAAGAUGGACGAACGCUAUUCUUAUAACAACAUUCCAUGUGGUCACAGUUGUUUGGGGUUUUUACACAUUAUUUUAUGAAAAGCAAAAACCAAUGUGGCAAUCUGUUAUAUUUGGAAUAUUCAUGGGACAGCUAGCAGGCUUUGGAGUGACAGCAGGCGCACAUCGAUACUGGUGCCAUCGGUCAUACAAAGCGAAACUACCAUUGCAAUUAAUUUUGGCACUCUGCUACUCAGCAGCUGGACAAAAUACAAUCUACGAAUGGGUUCGAGAUCAUCGUGUGCACCACAAAUUCUCGGAAACCUCGGCCGACCCACAUGAUGCCAAUCGUGGCUUUUUUUUCUCACAUAUCGGAUGGCUUAUGAUGAAAAAACACCCAGACGUAGUGAAGCAGGGGUCCAAAAUUGACAUGAGUGACAUCAUCCACGACCCUGUUGUGAUUUUCUGCACCAAAUACUUCAUUUUGUUCAAAAUAACAUUCUGUUGGAUAAUACCAUCGGCGCUUCCUGUCUACGCUUGGGGCGAAUUGUGGAAUAUCGCCAUUCUCUCCCAAGCAUUCUGGAGAUAUAUGCUCAGCUUGCACUUCACUUGGUCUGUCAAUAGUUUUGCGCAUCUAUGGGGGAACAAACCUUACGAUAGGUAUAUAAUGCCGUGUGAAAACAAAGGAGUCUCUAUUGUUGCAAUGGGCGAGGGUUGGCAUAAUUACCACCACACUUUCCCUUGGGACUAUAAAGCCGCUGAAUUGGGUGUCCCAAACAAUACCACAACUUUCUUACUAGAUCUGUUCGCUAAAAUAGGUUGGGCAUAUGACUUAAAACAAGCAUCGCCAGCAUUAGUCCGAGCUGUUGCUAAGCAGAGGGGAGAAUGCAAGGAAUGAUCUA